UAAUGAGCUCCCCCGGGAGGCCGAGCAGCGAGCCCGGCCCCGAGCGAGGAAGCUGCGCGGAGCGCACCGCGCCAGGGCGGGAGCCGGGCCUGAGCGGCGGGCGGGAAGCGGCCGGGGGCGCACGGGCGGCGCGGCGGGACGCCCGGGAGCCGUGGCGAUGGCAGUCCAGGCGGCGCUCCUCAGCACGCACCCCUUCGUCCCCUUCGGCUUCGGGGGCUCCCCGGACGGGUUGGGAAGCGCCUUCGGAGUCCUGGACAAGGGCUGCUGUUUCGAGGACGAGGAGACCGGGACGCCGGCGGGCGCGCUGCUGGCUGGCGCUGAGGGCGGGGACGUGCGCGAGGCCACCCGCGACCUGCUCAGCUUCAUCGACUCGGCGUCCAGCAACAUCAAGCUGGCGUUGGACAAGCCCGGCAAGUCGAAGCGGAAGGUGAACCACCGCAAGUACCUGCAGAAGCAGAUCAAGCGCUGCAGUGGCCUCAUGGGCGCCGCGCCCCCGGGCCCGCCCUCCCCCGGCGCGGCCGACACGCCCGCCAAGCGGCCGCUCGCCGCCGCCGGCGCCCAGACGGUCCAGGUCCCGGCCCACGGCAAGGCAGCCCCCCGGCGGGAGGCGUCGCACGCCGCUGCGGCCGCCAGCCUGCAGAGCCGGAGCCUAGCCGCGCUCUUCGACUCGCUGCGCCACGUCCCGGGGGGCGCCGAUCCCGCCGGGGCUGCGGAGGCGGCGCCCGCGGCCGGGCUCGGGGAAGCGGGCGCUGCGGGCGUGGGAGGGGACGCAGCGGGCCCCGCUGGGUGUCCGGCGGUCCCUGGCGCCAGGAAGGUCCCGCUGCGGGCCCGCAACCUGCCCCCGUCCUUCUUCACCGAGCCGUCCCGGGCGGGCGGCGGCGGGUGCGGCCCGUCGGGGCCCGGCGUGAGCUUGGGCGACCUGGAGAAGGGCGCAGAGGCCGCGGAGUUCUUCGAGCUGCUGGGGCCCGACUACGGCGCCGGCACCGAGGCGGGCGUCUUACUCGCCGCGGAGCCUCUCGAUGUGUUCCCGGUCCUGCGGGGACCCCCGGAGCUGGAGCCCGGCCUCUUUGAGCCGCCACCCGCGAUGGUUGGGAGCCUACUGUACCCCGAGCCCUGGAGCGCCCCGGGCGGCCCCGCGACCAAGAAGUCACCCCUGGCUGCCCCCCGCGGUGGCUUGACCUUGAACGAGCCCUUGCGCCCCCUGUAUCCCGCCGCCGCGGACUCUCCGGGCGGGGACGACGGGCCCGGCCUUUUGGCCUCUUUCGCCCCCUUCUUUUCAGACUGCGCUCUGCCCCCGCCGCCGCCGCCCCAACAGGUGUCCUACGACUACAGCGCGGGCUACAGCCGCACGCCGUACACCAGCCUUUGGAGACCGGACGGGAUUUGGGAAGGGGCGCCCGGGGAGGAGGGGGCGCACAGAGACUGACUGCGCGGUACCCUUGUCGCGCGAUAGACUGAUGUGGGGGUUUCCGCCUUUGGGUCUCUCCUAAGCCUAAAGAACGAUGGGCGAAUGCACGUGGAGUUGAAACGGGAUUUUAAAAAUUCAGCUAAUAAAAGAAACUUAAGAAAAAGAGAUGAAGAGAAGUUGGGGGUUUGUUUUAUCACAGCCUCGUGUUAAAAAAAAAAAAAAAAAAAGCCGUUGGUAGGUUCUUACCGGAUCAGACGAGCCAAGAAACCAUGACGGAAUUUGGGGGAUGGGGUGGCGGAAGGGGCAGGAGGUGGCUUCUGUAGCCACCUGUCCCUUCUUUGACUUUUCAUCAAAAGGUCUGUGUAUUUAGUGUAACUGCCCCUUCCAAACAGUGCCCUGGGCCUUCCCUCCCCCGCCCUCCCCUUUGAGUGCGUUAUGAAUUAAAGUCUGUAUUGAAAAGAA